AAAACGCUACCCCGAGACAAGCUUUCAUUCACCAGAUGUAUCCAUUCCGUGUCACUACUUGCAGAGUCGGUAUACCGUUCUCUGCACGCUUUCCCCCUGCAAUUGCACUACUCUGCUUCAAUCACACACAUUCCGCACAAAAAUUUUAGCCUAAGUUCUUAGUUGUAUUCUACUGGAUGUCCUUAACGUACAAAUCAAUUUGACAAAUCUGUAGCAAUUCAGAUUGAACAUUAAAUGAACUAACCUCACACAAUUUAUCCGAAGGCCAAAGAGAGGCAAAAACCGAUUAUACAAACUGCCCUCCUCCGCAUGUAACUAAAUAGAAAGUUUUUAUGAAGUGUGUAAGUUUAGCUUUAUGCUCGUGUUUCCGGUUCAGUUUAAAUGAGGAGCAAGAUUUUAUAUCAAAAAGCAGCAGUUCAGGCGAAUGAUACCCCACCACACACAUAUAUACCGCCUAUAUAUACAUCCAGGUAAAAAUGUAUCAACAUUUAAUGCAAAACGAAAAGAUAUAUAUAUCCAAGUAUAAAUUCUUCUAGAUUUAAUGUGAAAAAAAACACAUAUAAGUUAAAACAUAUGUAGUUAAAAAGGCCGGUGUACGAAAAAGUGGCUGAAUGCUUCAAGCUGUGGUAUUGAUUGCCGCAUGAAUACUUGUGUGCGAUAAUCAGUCGCCUAUACAAAGUGUAGAAGUGUUACCAGAGUAGAUAGGGCGCGAUGCAAACAGCACAGGAUAUGUCAGUGACUGACGAAGUUAUGGAAGUACAAAACUACAUUUUUGCUCCAACAUACCAUUUGUUCUUUGAAGCCAUCCUUAUUAUUUGUAUCAUUAAACUGCUGUUUUCUAAAAGUUACAACCCUGAAAAAACAAUACUCACAGAAAAGGAAAAAUCAGAUUUAAUUGCUGACUGGGUGCCUCAGCCACUUGUUCCAAAGACGAGAGAAGAUCAUCCACUUUUGGACAAUCUGAGAAAUAAUGUUAUUUCUGGGAAAGCAGGCAAAUACCUGACUAUCCAAGGUCGACAAUGUAUUAACAUAGCCACUUUUAAUUUUUUGGGUAUGCUUGGUGAAAAAUGUGUCGAGGAUGCAGCAAUUGGGACCCUCUUGCGAUAUGGGGUUGGUUCUUGUGGUCCAAGAGCAUUCUAUGGCACCAUGGAUGUUCAUCUCGACAUGGAAGAUAAGAUGCGGCGAUUUCUUGGGGCAGAAUCAGCAAUUCUUUAUUCCUAUGGUUUUGCUACUGUUGCAAGUGCUAUUCCUGCAUAUUCAAAACGUGGUGAUGUUAUAUUUUGUGAUGCAGGAGUUUGUUUCUCAAUCCAAAAAGGUUUGCUAGCUUCCCGUAGUGUAAUAAAAUAUUUCAGACAUAAUGAUAUGGACCAUUUAACAGAAUUAUUGAUCGAACAAGAAAAAGAAGAGCAAAAGAAUCCUAAAAAGGCCAGAAUUACCCGUAAGUUUGUGGUAGUUGAAGCUAUCUAUGUAAACCAUGGUGAUAUUUGUCCGCUCCCUAAAAUCAUUGAGCUCAAGUAUAAAUACAAAGUUCGAGUAUUCCUUGAAGAGAGUUUAAGUAUUGGAGUUCUUGGCAGGACUGGUCGAGGUUUAUCUGAAUAUUAUGAUGUAUCAAUAGAUGAUAUUGACUUCUUGGUUGCUACCUUGGAAAAUUCUUUUGCCAGUGCUGGUGGGUUUUGUGCAGGUAAAAAGUACAUAGUUGAUCAUCAGCGUUUGAAUGGCUAUGGUUACUGUUUCUCUGCUUCCCAACCACCUUUAUGUGUAUCAGCUGCCUGUAGAGCCUUAGAUAUGAUUGAGCAAGACAACUCAAUUAUUGAACAAUGUCAAAGAGCCUGCAAAUUAACAAGUAAAAUGCUGAGAGAUAUUGAUGGUCUUGACCUACAUGGAGCUGAAGAAUCUCCUGUAAAGCACCUCCGGCUAACAGAACCUAGCGAUGAUAAUGACAUUGACAAUAGAACCCUGCAGAGGAUUGCAGACAUUGCCAUAAAGGAAGGUGUUGCAUUGACUGUCACUAACUAUUUAGCAGAUGAAUACUGGAUGCCAAAACCAAGUAUUAGAAUUGCUGUCAACCGAAAACUCGUGCCUGAAGAUAUUGAAAAGGUUUCUUCUGUUAUUAGGAAAGCUACCCAAGAAGUUUUAUUUUCUACGUAGGCUAUCCUUCUCACUGAAGACGUUUAAGCUUGUUUAGCAGAAAUGAGGAUAAAGAUGGUUACAGGCUGUUUUGCAAGAAAGCGCAUCAAUUAACAAGAAUGAGUAAACGUAUUGAAAGAAAGGAUGGAGCAAAGUAUCAAAUGUGUCACAAAAAGACACUCCAAUGAAAAGAAAUACAAGAGAGAAACAAAUUUGUAUUACAGUCACAUCAAUCUGUUUGGAAGGUAUUCCAUGUUACCAUCGGCAUUCCAUUUUGUGUUAAUCUCCUGAUCAUAUCUUUUGUUUAAUGUAUUUUGCUAUAAAAAAAAAAGAAAAUUAAAAAUAAAUAAGAAAAAUUUUUAAAUUAAAGAAAAUAAAGAAAAAAAUUAAAAUUAAG